AUGAUAUCUGCAGUAACAUACAACCUCCGGCGGCAGAAAAUUGAUGAAAAUAAUUCAUCUCUGUUCGAAUCCGUACGGUAUGCCAAUGGAAAUAUGGAUGCAAUUGAUAACAAACGCUUAUUUUCACUGGUGGUUGAUUAUAUAGGCAAAAAUGAAAAUUUACAUUAUUAUGUCUUAGAACGUAAUACAAGUUGUAAAACUAUCAAAGAUUAUUGUAUUAAAAUUGAGAAAGGUAAUUUACAAGGUGGCGAAGCCGAACUUCGAGCUUUGAGUAUGUUAUGCCGUUUAUUAAUUUGUAUUGUUUCGAUAAAAAAAACUCCAGAAGGAAGUAUUAAUAUAAAUUUUACUAAUUAUGGUGAACAUGUAAAAUCAUUCCAUGAAUGUAUAUAUUUACUCUAUGAUGAAGAAAAUCAACAUUAUGAUGCUUUAUAUGCGGUUAACAUACAAAAUCAAAAUGAAAAAAUCACAAUUUUUAAACGUAAUGAUGAAGUCGUAUUAAAACUUCUUGACAAAUUUAUUCGAGAAGAAAUUCAUUAUGAUGCUAAUAUAGAAUCCGAUAAUAAUAAUCUAAAUUGUUUAACUGAACUACCAACUGAGCCAAGACUUUCUGCUAAACGGACAAAAUUUGAUAAUACUGAAACAUCGUCAUUAAAAAAAAACAACAUUGAAUCAUUAACUAUUCAAAAAUAUUUAGAAAUGGACAUUUUUGAUGAUAAAUCUGAGCAAUCGACAGAAAAUCGUCAAACAGUUCUAAAUGAUGAACAUGAAGCAGAAAAAAUGAGAUUUGAAAUUGAACCUGCUUUGGAAUUUCGUGGUCGCACGGCACAUGACUUUAAACCGAAGAAAGCAGAAAGACGUAAUGGAAAACCAUCAGAAGUCAGAGCGCCACGUUAUUUUGCUGACCAAAAUAAUCGUCAUUAUCUUAAUUUAUUGAUUUCGAACACAUAUCUACUAGCUGAUCUUCUUGAAAUUUGUCUUGAAAUUUGUAUCGUAACAAGAGAAAUUCAUGGUUAUACAUAUAUUCAGCCUUACUUCAAGUUUCAAGUACAUCCAACAGAUCCUGAAUCGCCAAAUCUCAAUCCAAGAUAUAUAUUUUUGAAUAGUACAACUGAAUUAAAAGCAUAUUUACAAGAAUUACAACAGUUGAAACUUCAAUUAGUUGUUGUUAUGCUUACAAAUCCAGAAUUAAUGCAAAGUGAACAACCAUUAAAAAUUUUUGCACUACCAAAAAAUAACGAUCAUGGAAAAUGCAUUACAACAAAAUAUGAUAAUCAUAAGGACUUUAAAAAGGCUUAUUCUCUUCAUGAUCUUCGCUUUGCAAUAACUUUAUGGCGAAAAGAACCUGGUGAAAAAGUAUUUCACCGCCAUCCUGAUAAACAAUAUAUCAGUCAGAUUUCAAAAGAAGAUAAAAAUGUAAAUAAAAAUAUUAUAUUUAAUCUGACUCAUUUUUUUUCUUGUGUAGAUGAAAGUUCGAGUAAAUAA